GCCGGACACAACUAUUUMUAKAAAAUUAYGUGCCGRUCAGAUACAWGCUGCGGUAGGAUUCCAUUAGGGGAUUCUAGUGUAGACACUAUCUGUCUAACUAAUGAGUGGGUCAGACCCUGUUGAUGAUAGAGCUGACGAAAGGAGACUAACACGUGCACGGGCACUAAGGGUACCGCACGUGUUCGAGGCCUUACAACCGGGAGAUGAAGCACGGUUUCGGGCCGAACGUAGAACCCGUGCUUUAGCAGUAGGACUACAGGAAGCAAACAGAGCAGCAAGAGAGCAGGCAACAGCAGCCAGAGCAGCUGCGAUGGCUAACGGCGCAAGCUCUGCUGCGUCAUCAUUUGCGUCCUCGUCAGGGACUAAUGGGAGCCAGUUGGGAAUGCCAACGAGUUCGACAAGUUCCUCGGGCAGUUCCGGUUCCACAGGUUCUAGACAGUCUUCUAGUCAAAUGGCGGGCAUGCAGUUUAGCCCAUUGACCCCGCGUGAGAGGGAGCUCAGAGAGAUCCAGCAGGUCGAGAGGUUUCACCGUAAGUUAGAGCAGGACCUGAAAGAUGCUACCAAUAGAGAAAAUGCGAUGAAAACUAGAGCAGCCAGGCUUGAAACUCUAGAGGCUGACAAGGCUGAAUUAGAGGGCUUGGAUGAGUCAGCAUUGACUGACCCGCUGAAAGUAUUGAAGAAGAAUAUGCUGUCAUUGCACGCACACGUGGACAGCAAAUUAGACUUCAUGCAGAGCACUCUAGACCAGAUCUUGGAUGCUUUGACAAGGCCAGGAUUCCGGCCACCAGCACAAUUGUCGUUGCCGUUAUCGGCGAUGUCACGCCCCUUUCCGGUUCAAGCUGGCACACAGCCAAGUGGCACAUCUGCAGCAGCUGCACAGACUGUUGCAUCUUCUUCUUCAGGUCUAGCGGUGCUUGCUACACCACCACAACAGGCUAGUCCUCAACAAGGACAACCGCAAGGUCAAUGGUACCCUAAGACCCCAAUGAAACCACCUCUUGCCUUCUCAGGCGAGAGAAAGGACGAGGAACUCAACACAUGGUUGAGAACAGUCCCGGUUUGGGUGAAGGCAAAGAGGACCUUGCCUGAGGACGAAGUGGUUACUGCUGCAUCCUACCUCGAGGGUAAGGCAGCCAAAUGGUUAGAUGGUGUAGUUAUAAAGGCCGGGUAUGGGAGACGCAUGACGGACUGGGCUAAGUCUCUGACGUUAGACCAGUUUAUGGAAAUGGUAGAAGCUCGAUUGCAUAACCCACAGGAGGCACGAAGGGCCACUGAUGGCAUCGAAAGUUCAAACCGUGUGCAGCAGCUCUUAAGGGAGACUGAGGGAUAUCUCCAGAAGUUGGGAUUGAAGCUGAGGCAGCAGAAAAGAGUUGCUCUGCAGAAGGCUAUGGGUGAUGAUGGAGGCACUCAUCCUUCUCUGGAAAGCAUGGAUGAUUCAUGGCUGGACGAGGGUAUUGGAGAAACCACAGUUAAUUACUUGCAAAGCAAUGAGAAGUACUAUAUGCUUGCCCACAGUGUGAAGGAAGUUGUCGACCGGCAGCCGAAACUGCUGGUUGGAGGGACGCUACGUGAGUAUCAGAUGAAUGGACUGCGCUGGAUGGUGUCGCUGUACAAUAAUGGACUGAAUGGAAUUCUAGCAGAUGAAAUGGGACUCGGCAAGACUGUCCAGGUCAUCGGGUUGAUCUGUCACCUUAUCGACAAGAAGAAUGAGCGAGGACCUUACCUUAUUGUCGUCCCAUCCUCUGUGAUGCCCAAUUGGAUAUCAGAGCUCUCGCGGUGGGCACCAUCUAUCAUAAAGGUGGCAUAUGCAGGAAACCCUGACGAGAGAAAGCGCAUCUUCAGGGAGGAAGUCGCCGGCAGAAACUUCCAUGCAUUGAUAACUACGUAUGAAUACAUGAUGAACCGCCAUGAUCGACCUAAACUGUGCAAGAUCAAUUGGCAUUACAUCAUCAUCGAUGAGGGCCAUCGCAUCAAGAAUGCAGCUUGCAAACUCAAUGCAGACCUCAAACAGUACCAGAGCAAUCAUCGUCUUCUGCUGACGGGCACGCCAAUCCAGAAUAAUCUGGAUGAAUUGUGGACUCUUCUGAACUUCUUGCUGCCGACGAUCUUCAACUCUUCGGAAGAUUUUGCGCAGUGGUUCAACAAACCUUUUGAGAGCUCUGGUGUGACAAAUGGCGAGGACUCUCAGACGCUUCUACUAAAUGAGGAAGAGAACUUGCUCAUUAUUAAUCGCUUGCAUCAAGUCCUCCGGCCAUUCAUGCUUCGUCGGCUAAAGGAGAAGGUUGAGAAUGAACUACCAGAGAAGAUUGAGCGGCUCUUGCGGUGUAAAGCUUCAUCGUAUCAGCGGGUUUUGUUGAACAGGGUGAAGGAGCAGCUUGGAGCCCUUGGAGCAGCAAAGCCUCGUUCAGUGCAGAACACAGUCAUGGAGCUGAGGAAUAUCUGUAAUCAUCCAUAUCUAAGUCGACUGCAUGCUGAGGAGGUAGAUGGCGCGCUUCCAGAUCAUUACUUGCCACCUCUAGUCCGACUUUGUGGGAAAAUUGAACUUCUCGAUCGGAUUCUUCCGAAGCUGAAGGCGACAGGUCAUCGGGUGCUUUUUUUCUGUACGAUGACAAGGUUGCUCAAUCUGAUGGAGGACUAUUUGGAUUGGAGAGGAUAUUCUUAUUUGCGCUUAGAUGGCGGCACGCAGGGCCAAGACCGAGGUGGUCUGAUUGAAGAGUUCAAUUCACCUGAGUCCAAGGCAUUCAUUUUUCUUCUGAGUAUCCGUGCAGGUGGGAUUGGCAUCAACCUGCAGGCUGCUGACACGGUCAUCAUAUAUGAUACGGACUGGAAUCCACAGGUUGACCUCCAGGCUCAAGCAAGGGCACAUAGAAUUGGCCAGAAGCAUGAUGUAUUGGUUUUGCGGCUUGAGACGGCAAACACCGUUGAGGAGAAAGUGAGGGCAGCUGCAGAGUAUAAGCUUGGAGUUGCAAAUCAAAGUAUCACUGCUGGUUUCUUCGAUGAUCACACAAGCGCGGAGGACCGGCGAGAGUACCUGGAGUCCUUGCUAAGGGAGGCUAACACAGAGAGAGAAGAGAAGGCUCUCGUGCUCGACGACAAGGCGCUCAACCAUUUGUUGGCUCGGAGCCCGGAGGAGCUGGACGUGUUUGAGACGGAGGACUUGAAGCGGGAAAAGCAGGAAAAGUGUGAUAUUACUGAAGGCAAGAGUACGGACGAAUUGCCAGUACCUCCUGGUCGACUCCUGGGUGACAAAGAACUAGACCGCAUUAUUUCUAGAAUCCAGCCGCAAGGGGACAGGAUGAACAUGGGCGAUGGGGAAAACGAUGGGAUGAAGGGAGAGGAGGCAUUCGGACGAGGAAAGCGUGCAAGAGAAGCGAAGACGUACAAGGACGUGAUGACAGACAAGGAGUUUGAUGAGUUAUGCUGUCAGGAGGAGUCAUCGCUUCCGGCAUUUAAGCGGAGAAAGAUAGGAAGGGGAGCUGCAGCGAAAGGGGUUGUAGAAAAUGCUGCGCAGGAGGGAGGAGGAGGGGUGGACGAGGAGGAAGAGGAAGAUGACGAUGAUGAGGACGAGGAGGACUAUGAGGAGGAAGAGGAUGACGGAGAAGAUGAUGAAGAGGAAGAGGGAAGACGGAGGCACACGGAAGAUAGGCAUCGAAAUGGCAGCGAGAAGAAACAGGACUGCAGGCGAAGCGAUGCAGGUAGAGAGGAGCGGAAGAGAGCUGGCUGUGUAAAGGACACGGAAGACCAGGAUGUUGUGGGUAACGCUUGCAUGGAACAAGAUGAUGAACUCAGCGCCGAUGUCUGUGGUGGCGCUGGAAGCACUGCAGGAAGUGCUGAUAAUACAUCAAAACGCAGCCUGGGGAAGGCGGUAGACGAGGUGGCCAAGCCACCUCGUAAGAGGAGGAAGGACGACCCGGUGUAUUCUGGGAAAGGAUUCAGGGAGGCCAUGAUGAUGUCACUCAAGGAUGUGGGCUCUCUGAAGGCUGGAAAUGUGAACGUUGUGGACACGACUGGAACAAUGGCCGCAGCUCUCUCAGGUGCUCCUGCAGGCCCAGAGCAGAAGAAGGAAAGUGGAAAUCAGGUUUUGGUUAUGAUAAAGAGAGGGAGAGGAAGGCCAAGGAAGGACCAAAAGCCGUCGUCAUCAUCAAGUGUUAUCAUCCUGAGCCCCGAGCAAGCCGAGAAGACGCGAAUUGGAUGUUCAUCAGCCAGAAGGGCCAAAACUGCCCGGGCGCAGGGGGAUAAUCCAGCACCUGUGCGGAAGCGUAGGCUGAAGAAGGCUGCCGCUGCCAUUGCAGGUGAAGCGUCAGCGCCUGACAAGCCUGCUCAGGGUGCAGCAGCUUCAUCAGUUCAACCAAUUGUUCUGGAAGAAGAAGAAGGUGCCAUAGCUGGUGGUGGAGGUGGAACUUGCACGGGGGUCCAAACGAGUGCUGCUGGCGAUGUCUGCACCGGGAAUGUUGCUAGUGCCUCUGUUGAGGCUGCCCCAGGGUCUGCAACUGGGGCUGGUGCCACUACGGAGGCUGGCACGGAGGCUCGCCCGAACGUACCUAGCAGUGCUUCUGGUGCUGUAGCUGCAGGGUCUGCAACAUGUGCCAGUGCCACUACCAAGGCCGGCACCGUGCCUGACCCGAACGUAUCAAGGAGCACUGCUGGUUCUGCACCUGGCAGCAGUGCCGCUGGCCAAACAGCUGGCAAUGGCCCUGUUUCCGGUGCUGGCACUUGUGCGGGUAUGGUUGGCAACUUGGGUGCUGCCACUGCAGCCGGUAGGGCUGCGGUUAGCACGAGGGAUGCAAAUGGCAUGGCCUCUGGCACUUCCGGUGGCAGUGGUCCUGGCAAUGUGUCUGGUCCUGGUGCUGCGGUUAUCGCUGCCAUUGGUGGCACUGGUCUGGAGACAUCUGCUGUCACUGGCAAAGUGGUGGGUGUGAGUACUGGUGCUUUGGCCAGCUCCAGGACUGGUGCCGUUUCUGCCUCAAGUGUUCCAUCUAUGGCUUCCACUAGUAUCGGCGUGGUGGCGAGCACUUCUAGUCCUGGUGCUGUGGCUGGUGGCAACAUCACGGCUGGGACUGGUGCUGUUGUCCUGCCUGGCACCAGCUGUGCGACCAUGGCUGGCAGCGGGUUGGGCACCAUUGCUGGCCCCACUGCCAGUAGUUCAGCUCCGCUGGCGAGCGCAGGUCCUGCAAAUGUUGCUCUUUCCACUGUCGCUUGCACUGUUACUUAUUCAGCAGGCACUGGCGCGAGCACCAUGGCUGGGGCAGUAGCUGUUCCCGCCGCUGAAACUGUGGCUGCUGGUGGAUGCACACCUGCGAAUGGGACUAAAACUGGGGCUGGCAUUCUGGGCCCCACUGGUCAUGGUGGUGGGAAUGGCGAUGCGCUUGUUGGCAGUGCAGGUGGUGCCACUGCUGUGGUUGCGGGAGGAUGUGCGAGUGGGAAGAGUGUCGCAGGAUGUGGAACAGGAGCCCAAAGCAGCGACCCGGAUUAUGAUCUGAAGCUAUUGAAGGAUCAGCAGAACCUUGAUGCCCUCAGGACUGCUGUUCUUGAGCAGAAGGUGCACGAAAUGUGGGAGGGGGGGGGUAUGUUGACGGCCACGGCAAAUAUUGGGUCUUUUCCCUCCAAUAUACCUGUUCAGAGCUCAAAGGAUGGAAAGAACACCAGUCGUGCAGUCGGUGUGAAACAGUCGUCAGCGACCGGCUCAACUGCAAAGUCACCAAAAGAUAACAGCGCAAAGGUGAAGGGGUCGAAAGAAGUUACACUGCAUGUGCCGUCACCGUCACCAGCCACGGGGGCAACAAAGAGUGUCCCAGUCAGUGCAGGUGGUGCCAAUGGGGGGAAAAUAGCACCCAAUGGUGCAGAUGGGCGCAGAGUUGGACCAGAGGGGAGCCCCGCUGGGACACCCAUAACCCGCUCUGCUGCUAACAAGGUGGAAACAGGUGCACCUUCUGGAGGGGCCUCUGUGGUUGGUAGCCCAGCUUGGGCAGUCAAAAUCUUGGCAGAGACGAUCGAAGAUGCAAUGGGUGUUGCCUCGUCAGCAUCCAGAUCUUCUUCCAUGGGUCACUUUUUGACAGCUGGUGCGGUAGCAGCCUCAGCAUCAGUACCUUCUCUGGCAGGUGCUCUGACAGCAAGGGCAGGCGGAUCUGUCACGACUGCCACACAUGCCAUGGCUGGCACCCCUCUAUCCAGUAGCGGGGCUCAUGUGUCCGGCCUGCCAUCUGUUGCAGUGUCUAGCAUGCCAGUUUCAAGUGUCAGUCCUGCAGGAGCUUUUGUUAUGCCAGGAGCCGCCGCUCAAAGUCCAAAUACUACAGCAGCAACAGCAGUAGCUGGUCAGAGUCAAAAUACGCCAGCAUCGACAGGAGGCCCGGGUUCUGCAACUGGCCAGGCCCCGAGGAGGAGAGGAGGAGGCCGUGGCACGGGUAGGGGGAAAACAGGAGAGCCAGCUGCUCCAAGAGGGAGAAAGAGGGGGCGUGAGGAGGCGAUUGAGGUAGCAACGCCCGAUACUAACAAUCCUGGAUCGGAACCAUCACAGCAAGUGACAAACACGGAAGCAACCGCAAAGAAGCAGCGUCGGAGAAGAGCUGCUCCGGCUGACGGUAGUCAACCACCAGCAGGAAGUUCUCCCGCGGGCACGGGCACGGGCAGGGGCAGUGGAGGAGGCAGGGGUUCUGGCCGCGGGAGAAGGGGAAGGGGUGGUGGGCCUGCUGCCGGAGCUCUGCCCGACAAUGCCACCCCCCCUCAAUUGGGAGCACCAAAUCCAAGCACAGUCCCAAGUUCUCAUAUUCAAGCACAGCCUCAAGCCAUUGGUCCGGUGGGGACCACCGCCACCCAAGUUCAAGUUGCCAUCCCUGCUAUGCCACCAAGUUGCCCAACUGGGAUUGUUUCCAGUGCUCCUGAAAGAACCAUGAAUCUUGGUUUAUCAAACAAACCAGGUAGCCAGAGUCCCGACCUGGCCACACUUCACGGAGGAGGGAGUACUUUCGCGAACACUUCUGGCAAUGACAAUAAGAAAGGAGGCUCUCUGCAAGCGCCAGGUCCCGCAAAUGUUACGACCGCAAAAACUGAACAAACAGAGGCAUCAAGUAAACAGCAAGGCGGUGAGGGUUCGGGAGGCGCGAGCGACAACAAUGUUGUAGAUGGAAAUAAGCAAGGGACGCUGAAGGAAGAGAGAAGCAAAGACGAGGCGGGCAAGGCGGCUGCCAUCGCCAGGGKUUGCGAUGGCGUGAAUGGAGACACAUCAGCAAGGAGUAUGGAGGCGCUGAGUAGGGAUCAUGCUCCCGAAGUGGGUGGUUUUGAGCUGGCAAUGGCUUCCGGAGUUGUGUCAGGAGAGAGAAGCACUGCAAUUCCAUGUCCAGCCGAUCCGCCCCAAGCUUCGUCUUCUGGUGCAAAAGAGAAGGCAACAGGGGAAGGAAAGGAUUCCGCCGGAGUGCGGGGAAGCAUUUGCACAGCGCACAAGGGUACAGGAGGAGGUGCAAGCGUAUCGGCCCAUUCAGACAUGGUUGAGAAGAGCUGUUCCCUUCCUGCUGGUACUUGUGGUCCUGACAAUGUUAGUGCCACAAAAACUGAACAAACGGAGGCAUCGAGUAAACAGCAAGGCGGUGAGGGUUCAGGAGGCGCGAGCGACACCAAUGCUGUAGAUGGAACUAAGCAAGGGACGCUGAAGGAAGAGAGAGGCAAAGACAAGGCGCACGAGGUGGUUUCCAUCACCAGGGUUUGUGAUGGUGUUAAUGGAGAUGCAUCGGCAAGGAGUACGGAGCUGCUGGGUAGGGAUCAUGCUCCAAAAGUGGGUGGUUCUCAGGCGCCAAUGGUUUCAGGAACUGUGUCUGGAGAGAGAAGCACUACGAUGCCAUGUCCAGCGGAUCCGCCUCAAGAUUCUUCUGAUGCAAAAGAGAAGGCAACAAAUGAAGGGAAGGAUUCUGCAGGGGUGCAGGGUAACAUUUGCUCAGCAGACGAGGGCGCAGGGGGAGGUGCAAGUGUAUCGGGAGCUUUAAACAUGAUUGAGAAGAGCAGUUCCGUUCGCGCAGGUACUUCUGCAGGCACUGCGAGUGUCUUGAGUCACGGAAAUGAGGCAAGUUGCGUGGACCGCCAAGUGGGCUGCCAUUCCAAGAGGCAAGUUGCGUGGACUGUUUUGGCACCUUCUCUGCCAGCUGCCAUUCCAGGUGGGUCUGGCAGUGUGGUGGGUGCAACUCCAAGCCCACAGGCGUUGGUGGAGAACUCCACGGCCCCAGGGGUUGGGAACCGGGAUCAAGGCACGGCAGCGACGGGUCUGUCGACUCGGACGAAUGUGAAGGUGGCAAAGCCGCCUGCAUUGCAGGUGAGGCCUAAACCUCCGUCUUCUGGCAACAAGACCGAACGCACCUCAUCAGCUACAACAGCUCCUUCUGCCCCCCCCCCGUCAGAACCAGCGUUGCAGAUCUCUUCAGAUGUGUCUAAAGGGCAUGUCGUGAUCGCACUAGGCAAUCAGAUUUCCCCCAUCAAUAUGUCUCCUCCUCCUCCUCCUCAGAGACCGAUAGCACCAAGAGCUUCGCCAAGGACGCGCGCACAACAGACAGAUAAGAAGCCUAAUCCGACGCCAGCGCCCGCUCGCAGAGGUUCUCAAGCCAGGGCAAAACGCCCCUUGGAUUCACAGUCAGGGUCUCAGGCUUCAUCCCCACCGUCUCGGCAGCAGCAAACACCUCAAAAGGAUGUCAAACGGCCAUGCCUAGCGCAGACUGGACAAGACAUGCUGCCUCCACCACCACAGGCUCCGCAGGCAACCCAGGUCCCGACAACGGAGGACCGAAAGGGGUCUCAUCCCGAUCCCCCCUCUAGUGUCAAUCAGCUGGCAACAGAACAGCUCCAGGGAGAAGCAGUACAGCCGCAGCAGGUUCAGAAACAGCAACCCAAAGCGAACAGCAUUCUCGGCCAUCAGCAGCAAUCAGAAGCGCACAAGCAGUCGGAAGUUGAGCAGCAGCAGCAAUCUCAGCUCCCCGCUGUGAAGGACCAACCGCCAGCACAGAAGCCCACUGCAAAGCAAGAACAGUCAGCGCAGAAGUCCACUGCAAAGCAAGAACAGUCCACACCUCCCAAGCAGUCACCGCAGCUUCAGGCACAGGGGAUGCCAGCAAAGCCCCAGCAGCAGCCACAGCCUCCGUUGUCAUCACAGAAGGCUCAGCUGCCGUUAGCUGAAGAAAAAUGCGCGUCACAAUGUCAGUCUCCAAGGAAGGCACAGCCGCAUCAGCAGCCAGCAACAAAGGUGCAAGGCCAGCCAUCAUCUGCGCAAACCUCGCAGCAGACAUCGUCCCAGCAAUCCUCACAGCAAACGUCGCAGAAGCAGCAGGUGCAACCUUCGCCUCAGCAGCAGCGAACGCAGCAAUCGGCACAGAAGCCACAGUCGCAGCCGACACAGCAAAAGGCCCAGACCCAGCAGCAGGGACAGCAGUCAUCACAGAAGCCGCAGGGGCAGGCACCAUCGCAGAAGCAGCAGGCCCAAACAUCGUUGUUACAAAAACAGCAGCAGCAGCCUUUACAAAAACUGCAGGCUCAGCAGCCACCACAGAAGGUGCCAGGGUCGCAGCAGCCAUCGCAGAAGACACAAGGACAACAAUUGUCGCAGGGGCAGCAGCAGCAGCAGCAGCAGUCACAUAGAACGCAGGCAAACCAAGCUCAGGGCCUUCAGUCACCCCCUAAGUCACAACCCGGGUCAUCCCAGCCAGCACCACAGAAACAGCAGCAGCCAUCAGGAAGGGCACAGACCUCACGAGUGCCUCAGCAGCAGCAAUCACCAUCCCGAGCCCGGCAAAAACAGCAAGCACAAGUAUUGUCCCCUAAGAAACAGCAAGCACAGCAGUCAUCGGCUGGAAAACCUGAGGCCGAGCAGAAUUCUGUACAGAAACAGUUGCAACCGCAGGAGGCGCUCAAGUCGCCAGACAAGAAGGGCUCCACAACUGCAGACGCAUCACCGUUGUGUAAACAGCAGCAGUCUCGCCUGGCGGCUUCGCAGAGGCAAGCAAGCCCAAAAGAGCCGAAGCUGCCGAAGCAGCAGCAGGCCGCUAGGAAGCAGCAGCAAAGUCAAGCGCCUCGCGCAAAACCGCAGCAGCGCCAGCAGCAGCGGGCUUCCGGGAACCAGCAAUCGCCUGACCCUCGCACGGAAAUCCGGCACGACGAGCAGCAGAAGCAGCAGCAGGUUGCUGAAAACCUGCAGUCACCUGGUGAUGGGCAGCCAAGGGAUCAAAUGCAGCAGCAGCCUGUGCCUAACAACCCACUGGCAGGAGGAUUGCAAGGAAAGCAACUGCAGCCGCGGUCAGGAGCUUGCACCUUGCUGGCAUCGGGUUCUCCGACAGAUGCAAAGGCUGACCAAGCAAAAGAGGAGGAAGCGAAGGAAGCACGAGGUGGAGAGGUCAAAUCGGCGGAACAGCCCGUCGAAGAGGGUCCUGGGGAAAGCGAUGUGGCACAGCAGGGACUCUUGCAGCAAAUGACGUCGUCGGCGCCUGAACGCGCUCAUGUUUCUGAGAAGGAAUCGCAGUCGCAAACAACGCUGGUGCGGCAGCCGAUGCAACUGUCGAACUCUGCAGAGGAAUCGAGGAUCAGCUCUCGACAGGAGGAGUCUCAAGAGCAAGCAUUGCAAAUGGAACCGGAGAAGACGAACGGCCAGGAUCUGGUGCAGGUCGGGGAAGGAGGGAAGGAAGCAGAGAAGACGAAAGGCCAGGAUCUAGUCCUGUCUCAGCAGAUCCAGAAAGCCAUGGACGUUGGAAAGGAACGAGAGCAACUGCGACAGGAGCAGCAGGAGUUGGAAGAAGGGAGUGCAGCUUUUGCAGGUGUUGACCCUGCAAGAGAGUCGACUCCUAAUGGCGAUGUGCCGCCGUCGGGGCAGAAAGUGUCCACCGCAGCAGUGAUUGAUUCAGCUACAGGCGCAGAAAGUAUCAGACCAGCAAGCAAAGACAAUUGUAAGGGAUCCCUACCGGCCCCAGCUCCGCUCGAUGAAAGUGCAGCAGCCAAAGGAGGCGGCACAGGACACGAAGGGCCCUCCACAGAUGCCGCAGGCAGAGAGGACACGUCAAAGACGCCAUCUGCGAGCGCACGUCCUGACUCUGCCGGAUGAAAGGACGCUACCAUCCCAUGAUUUAGUUAUGAGGGUGCAGGUCAGAUAAGGUCAUAUUAUGUACAUGCAGAGAAGCAGGAAUCUGGCCCAAAUC